AUGAGGCCUUGUGACAAGAAAGAGGGUGGUAACCAGUGUGAAAAAAUGGGCUGGGAUGGGGAAGAAGGCAAAGAUGGGGAGCUCGUUGAGGAAGAGUUUGUAGGCAACACUUUUGUCAUUGUGGCUUUUAUAGUAGACAAGCGACUCAGAAAUCAGAGUGACUUUGUGCUUCUGAAUUUGGCCAUUUGUGAUUUUCUAAUUGGCACAUUUACAUCCCCCAUGUAUGUACCAUAUUUCUUGACUGGGAAGUGGAUGUUUGGGCGAUUUCUAUGCAAACUGUGGCUAACUGUAGAUUAUACUGUUUGCACGGCAUCAGUAUUUAAUAUUGUUCUUAUCAGCUACGACAGAUAUCUUUCUGUGACCAAAGCUGUUUUGUAUCGGUCGCUGCAAAACAAACGCAUCCAUACUUUUGUGAGCAUUGCAUCUGUGUGGAUUUUCUCAUUCCUUCUAUAUGGCCCUGUCAUUCUUUCCUGGAAAAAUAAUGGUAUUGACAGCAGUGAUGCUCCAACAUGUGUUGUUGGAUUUAAUGACGUUUGGUACAUUAAUUUUGGAACAUCAUGUGUAGAUUUCGCUCUCCCCCUGAUUAGCAUUUCCUUUUUUAAUUUGAGCAUUUACUGCAGUAUAAAGAAACGAGGCAGAAAGAAAAGGCAGAAAUCAAUGUUACAGAAUUCCACAGGAAAGGAAAAUGAUGGAAAUUUAAACAUCAUUUCAACUAAUAGUGUUGUGUUUUCUGCACAACUUCAUGUAACGGAGAACCUUGGAACACAGAAAAGACUCGCAGUGUCUCUCAGGCAUUGUUUUCCCUAUAAGAAGCCGUCCUCCUUUACCCACAAUGAGGCUACACUGCAGCACAGAAACAUUUCCCAGGUUAAUCUUUCCCGGGAUAAAAAAAUCGCCAGAUCUCUUUCAAUCUUGGUUUGUAUCUUUGUCAUUUGCUGGGCUCCCUACACAUUUCUUGCCAGUAUCCGUGCUGCUUGCAGUGGUUAUUGUGUUGAUUCUUACUGGUAUGAAAUAACAAUGUGGAUGCUAUAUAUGAAUUCAGCAAUUAAUCCUAUCCUUUAUCCUUUGUGCCACAAACAUUAUAGAAAAGCUUUCAUUCUGAUUGUAAAAAAAAGCAAGAAUUUCUUUAAAAUAUAA